GGUUACGAGCUCUGCGUAGCUCAGGGUGCCUCCAGAAUGUGGACUGAUCAUGUGACUAUUACACAUACAAUUUGGAUACUAUGGUGGCCUACAUGGCCCUGCCACUAUGAUGUUGUGUCAUGUCCCCAUUCGUCAUUAUCUUAUUUUUCUUAACCCAGUUAUUUUUGUUUGCAGCUAGAAAACUAACACUAACACCCUCUCAGCUACCUCAAGAUCAACCUCACCUGUCCUUCCAGUCCUAGCAAUCCUGUUCCCCAUACUACCCCCCACUGCUCUACAUCAAGUCACAAGACGUGAAGGACCGACUUUACGAGGAACGACAAUUCAACUGGACGUUCUGGGCCCAACGAGGCUAUACGUCCUACACCACAAGUAACCACAAGUAAGUGCUGCAAUUCGCAAUGCCAUCACCAGCACUUAGUGACCAUGAGGUUAGCAGCACGAGCUCUCCGGGUGUGACUGCGGCAGCUGCAGACUCAGUAACUGAUGGUGGCGGUGAUGCUCUGCCGCACAGUACGAGUGCAGAUAGCCAGGAGGACGGCUCUGCGGACGAGGGGGACGCGGACGACUGCAUCUACCCGGCGGCCGGCUAUGAGUACCUGGACCACCCCGCCGACGUGCAGAUCCACGCCUGGGGCACUUCGCUGACGGAGGCCUACGAGCAGGCGGCGCUGGCCAUGUUCGGCUACAUGACGGACCUCGACACUGUGGAGGCGUGUGACACGCAGGAGGUCACCGCCCAGGGUCACGACCUCGAGUCGCUGCUCUUCCACUUCUUGGACGAGUUCCUGUUCAUGUUCUCGGCGGAGCCGUUCUUCGUCGCCAGCCACGUGGAAAUUGUCGAGUUUGAUCGGGUACAGUUCCGGAUACGUGCCCGGGGCUACGGAGAGUCGUUUGACCUUGACAAACACCCUCAGGGCACCGAGGUCAAGGCAAUCACAUACUCGAACCUGCAGGUCCAUGAUCAUGAAGACCAACACGAGGUGUUUGUUAUUGUGGACAUUUAGUGUUGGUUGUAGUGGGGUGGGAGGGUGGGAUGGAUCGCGAGGAUGCGCGGUUUGCAAAUUGCAAAUGGCAGUUGGUGCGAUGUGGAUCGGAUGGUUUUCGUACAGAGUAUGUGGUAAGGUGUGCCUGAGACAUGUCUCCGUUGUCGUUUGCUUUUUGAGUGAAAUGAGUUGUUGACACUUUGACCGAGGCUCGUUGUUUUGUCGUGGCCAUGACAUGGUGUAUCCGCUUUGCUUUGCUUUGCCUGGAGAUGGUUGCGAGUCCUGCCACUUGAUGUCUGAUAUUAGUUUCGCUUGUAUUAUUAGGGCGAUUGGUACUUUGUUCAGGACAACUAUAAGAACAGUUAAUUUUUCAUCUUGGAAGAGCUGUUCCCAAAUUAUUGUAAGCUAGGUUGAUUUCUCUGCUAACAAACUUUCCCUGGAAGUUGUGCUAUAUAUUUAACUGAAGUGGAGAAGCACUUGAAACGUGAGCCCUAAAAUUGAACAUCGACUUGUGAAUCAUGAGUUACGACUUAUUUAUGUUUAUAUGUGAUUAAAUGCCUAUCCACAAAUGGAUGUGGAGUUCAAAUACACGUUGACAUUUUAUC